AUGCUGCAGCUGAAGGUGAUAUCAGCUGCUAUGGCCCUGAGCCUCCAUGGCUGCUCGAAUGGCUCGGGCUCAGACUCCAGUGACACGACAGCAUCGGGCUGUAAUGUGGCCGUGGGUCAGGCCUGUAUGACCGCUUAUCAAAGUGCCAUCGAAGCGGCCGGCACGGACACAGCUGGGACCUGUGCUGCAGUGGCUGCUUAUGUGAAUUGCGUCCAAGACUCCGAUUGCUGCUCCGAUGUUGGCAUCAAGCAAGGCUUGGAUUCAGUUGUCGACUCCAUGUCGCAAUCAGUAUGCACUGGGGACAAUGCCAUCUCGGCAACGUGCACCUGA